AUGGGUCUCCACAUCUCGGUCAUGCUCGCGGUCUCGGCCAUGACGCUGGCGACAAAUGAUGUUGCCCACGUCAACGCGGCGCCCUCCAACACGACGUCGGGCAUCGAGGCGGUCGUCCAGGGCUUGCCCUUCAACCAGUAUGCCAUCAUGCGUAAGCCACCGCCCUCUGGUCUUCACGUCAACGAUUUUUUCCCAUUCUACCCCCCCACAUUUCUGCAGAUUUGCGGCAGUACCGUCAAGCUGACAAACUAUGACGCGUGCGGCGGCGGUGCGUGGCAGGUCUAUCAGUCUCCCGAGUCCAACAAAAUCGAUCAGCUGCGUCAUGUCGCCUCGGACCAUUGUCUCGACGCGUACUGGAGCGACAAGGACCAGCGACCGCUCGUCCACGGGUACCCCUGCAACUUGCAGAACGGCAACCAGCACUGGGAAUUUAACCCUGGGUGGAACACCCAGCUCGGGCACCGCCGGUACCAAGAUUGGGUCUUGUACGUCGACGACACCUCUGGCGUUAAAAUGGUCCACCGCAAGAGCUUCGAUGCCACCACGGUGCAUGCCCGUUUUGAAAUGGUCCAUUAAUUUCAACCCGAUGGGUAAACUUGCCAACGAACGGACGCGUCGACCGUUAUUUUAG